UUCUCACUUGCUUCCCUCUCCUUCUCUUGUUUUCUACCACAUUUGCGUGCCUCUUCUUCUUCUUUUCCAAACGUAUUAUGACAAGCCUUGGAAGGGAACUCCAGAGGUCUUGGAGAAGCCUCCAGGAUGGCUAGAUGGAAUGCUCUCAACCAUGGAACAGGGGCUGUUCCCUAAGCUGCAGUUGCUCUAGGCCAGGCGGGGGCCCGCAGGGACGUCUGGCGGCCCUUGGGCAGAGGAAAAGUACCCAGCGAGGGCCCGAACGGCUGAACAGGGUUGUCCAUGCCGACUGUUUGCGAAGUGGGGAAGCAGUACCCAGAGCCACAGUACCCGGACAGACCCCUUCCAAUGUCCCAGCAUGAGACUUCUCCGACAGCACUGCGGAGGGCCAGCAACAACCGACGGGCCAACCCCUGCUGCCUGUGUUGGUGCUGCUGUUGCAGCUGCUCGUGGAAUGAGGAUCGGGAGCGAGUCUGGAGGACAUCACGAGACACCAAAUUGGAGACCUUUCCAAACUGUGAAUCCUGCACCAAACCUACCACUGAAGAAGUCAAGGGCUGGUCCCAGUCGUUUGACAAGUUGAUGAAAAACCCAGCUGGCAGGAACGUGUUUCGGGAAUUCUUACGGACUGAAUACAGCGAGGAAAACAUGCUCUUUUGGUUAGCUUGCGAGGAACUCAAAAGCGAGUGCAACAAACAUGCCAUCGAUGAGAAAGCGCGGAUGAUCUAUGAAGAUUACAUCUCGAUCCUUUCUCCCAAGGAGGUCAGUCUGGACUCCCGUGUUCGUGAAGGCAUCAACCGCAAGAUGCAGGAGCCAUCCUCACAUACCUUUGACGAUGCGCAGCUACAGAUUUACACGCUUAUGCACAGAGACUCUUACCCCCGUUUUCUGAACUCUGCCAUAUACAAAGCACUGCUCCAGAGCGUCUCUCGGUCAUCUUCGGAGUCUUAAGCCCUUCCAGUAUCAUCAACGGAGGUACCAAAUAGGAAAUGAAGGAUGUCCUUUCCUAGAGCAGGUGUUAUUUUUUUUCUUCUUCUUUAAAAAAGAGAUCUCCCAAAUGAGCUUACAGAACAAAUAGACUGAAGAUGUAACCCAGCUGACUACAGACAACAGUCCAGUUGCUGGAAAGUUCACUCCACAUAAGCCUGCCUGGUUUUCUUCAUUCAGAAAAGGGCCCAUGCCAGCCACUGUCACAGAACUUCAAACUCAGGCUUCUACUUUUAUUACGGAAUCAGAGUUGGCAACCAGCAUCUGGCUGACCACACAAGAGAUCGAGAAUACAGAAUGGAGCAACUAACCAGCAAAGAUUGGGAUGAAGACAUCAGGGACAACAAUGGCAGAAGAAGACAGGCCAAAGUCCACAUUUCCUGAAUGUUGAUUUCUCUUUGAUGUGUUUCUCAUUCUCCCCAUGUUUAUGAAGAAUUAUUUCCAUGGUGUUCUUGUAGACACAAAGAACUCAGAUGGUUCAAGUGGAAACUGCAGUUAGGUCAGUUUAAUGGGAUUAAGAAAAGUUCAGAUUUUACAAAAGUAUGUGCACGUUUUCUGCAUCUCAAACACUUUCCGUUCACAGGCAACAUUUAUUCUAGGUAGGCUCCUCUCACCUCAGAUUUGAGAAGAAGCAGAUGAGCUCUUCAAGGGACAGAUAGGAUAGCUGAUAAAUGGCUCUGCCAUAGAAGCUCUGCAGGAAAACCAACGUGAAAAUUGAUAGGUCCUAAAGAUCUCCCCAACAUUGUAGGCCACAUUUCCCUUGCAUCUCUGAUGCACGUGGACUACAAAGACUCAAGAGGUCUUCAGUGACAAAGAGGGUUCUUGAGCCUGUCAUGCUCUGGAUUUCAGAUUGAAUUCCAGUUUCUUCCUUUUUCAAAAGCCAAAGGGCUGUUCUGCAGAUGGGAUUGUGGGUCUACCAAGCUUCCUCUGGGAACAAGGAUUAAUGCCCUGCCACUAGGCACAAUGAAGCAGCCCCAAUCUGGAGCAGCUGCUCUAUUGUGCCUAAGACUCAUAGCUCUCUGGAAUGGUUUGCUGGUUUGGCUGCCCUCAGUGCCUUCUACCUACUGUGGUAGCAAUGGCAUCUAUCUUCACAAGCAGCCACUGUAGCCCUUUUACAACAAAUUGCUCUGAAGAAUCAGAGUGAUGUCUUUAAGGAAGGUGCCCACUGAUGACCAGAGGAUGGGUUACAGCUAUCUUGUGACUAGAGAACAGGAGCAUGGGAAAGCGCACCCAAGAGAAAUGACAAGUCUUCCAUCUCAAGAAGUGGGUUGUCCUCCUGAUUUGGGUAGGCUGAUCUCUGAGUUGCCCUUCUCAGAAGCAGAACUGGAUGGAACAGCUGGCCUCUUAUUGCAGCACUAUUCUGUCAGCCUUGUAGAAGUAAUAGGAUGAUCUUACGUAGGUUCUCUAGUUGCCACUGGGCAGUAGUCCAAGAUGAGAUCUUCUUCAUUCAUUUGAUGUUAUUUUAUAAUCUGCUGAUGGGAUUCCUGGAAGCAUCUCUUUGGUCACUCUAGGAAACAAGAUCCUGGCCUAGGUGGACCUUUGGCCUGAUUGAGCAACCCUUUCCUUAAAUGAUCUGCCAGGGUGGAAUGGAGUGAUCCAGAUAUGCCCAUCUCAGAAACAGAGCAACCUUUUAUCCUACCAACUCACUGGAGAAGUCUGGAUCCUCUUCACUGGGGUCCAUUCUUACCCACAAUGCCAAAAAUGAUGAAACGUGUUGUGACAUCACAAUGCAAGUCCAUAAAGGGGUGGAGUUGGGGCUACGAUGCAUGUUUCAUCCCUUCUCCGGUGGAAACCUAUGACCUUUGGCAGCAUUCAGCACUUGGUAGCUUCCAUAAGUCUUGGAUAGCAGUUCCAGAUGACCAGAAGUUCUACAGUACUCACUGCCAGUGCCAGCAGAUUGGGAGGGUGAUGGGUUGCAGAAUAUAACCCUAAGGAUCCAGGAAAAGAUGGCCUGAGAACACGUUGCUGAGUAGCUGAAUCUGAGGGGAAAUCUCUAGCAUCCAGGGCCAUUACACUCCACUCUAGGUAUAGUUUUGAUUCCUUUAAAAGCUCUACCCUGUCUGUAUGGUCUCUCCCAAUCAUAUUUGUUCCAGCAAUAGGCAAAGCUGUUGUCUUCUAACACGAUGGGAGAUCUGCCCUGGAUGGAACAAACUCCACUUUAUUCUGCCUGUGUAGUUACUCAAAAUAAGUUCUCACCCAAACCAUGUUACUUCUCAGCCAUUGUCCACUGGACCAACGCUGUAUGAAUCCCUUCGCUCUGAAUAUGCAUUGGAUUUUUCUGUCUCAUCUUCUAUCAAAGAUGUGGCAUCCCCUCUCUUUUCAUAAUUAGAAAUGCUUCUCUGUUGUCUUGUUUUGGGUGCUGAAAUGGUAGUGGAUGCUAAGAACAGGACAAGUUUUAGGGUUUGUGUUCCUUUGCUCAGGAGAGAGGGACCCCAAAUCAUCUCUGCCCCCUAUUGCAUUUUCCUAAAGAGAUGUCUGUGAGUUGUAGAAAGUAGUUUUCCAAAAACUGGUCACCAAAAUAGAUUUUUAUUGGCCUGCCCAGUAAAGACCUUUCUCUGACUCAUUCUUGUCACUGCAGAAACACGUGAGUUUUGUGGCCAGUAAGAUAGAUUCUUUGUCUGAUGUCUUUUAAUCACCUUUCCCAUGUUCCUAUAAUUUGGAAAACAGCCUUGGAAUUACAUAAGGACGUGUUUCUUUUCCAUCCAUUUCACAUCAUAGUCCAAUUCAGAGGACAUGCAUCCACAUGGCUGAGUUCAAAAACAUAUUCUUUGUGACUUGUGGGAACUCUCUUCCACCAGAAGAAAUAAAGGGCCAAUUGAGUAAAUCGAAAGCAUUUUUUUUUUUACAUCUACAAAGAAGAUAGGAAUAUCAACAGGCAUGCUGUAAAAUGGGAUUUUUUUCAAACUGGGUUCCGUAAAAUCCUCCGUAAGGACUUGAAGGGGUUCCACAGGACUAAGAAACUCUUUGCAAGGGACUUAAGCAUUAAAAAAAAAAAAACACUGAACACACUCAGCCAUCAGGUUUCUGCCUUGAUGCUGCAGAUUUCCAUAGCAAUUUCUUCUAAAGCAGAGAAGGGUGGGGCUCAUCAGCUAACAUUCAGAAGCCCCACCUCUCUUAAUUAGGGAUUCUGGGAAUUUUUAAGAUAAAACAGGUUCUGUAGCCUGAAAAAGUUUGAAAACCCCUGCUCUAGAACACAGUUUCUCAACCUUGGCAACUUUAAGAUGUGUAGAGGUCAGCUUCCAGAAUUCCACUGGGAUGGUGGGGAAUAGAGCAGUUUAUGGAUACUUCCCGCAGUAUUAAUUUUCACAAUUCAGUCAUAUGUCAUAGACUACAUGGAAUACAUGGAUUAAAGCUGACACACCCAUAAGGCAGUGCAUAAUUUUACAAGCUGGGUUCACGUGAUGUUAUGAUUUAAGUUCUGUUGACUUAACAGAAGUUCAACAAGUUCUGUUGACUCUGUUGGCUUGGUUGGCAUGCCAUGCUAAGUCAUAAAAAUGGUUUACAAAUGGCUGUCUUGGUUCGCACACCUUGCUAAGCCAAAAAUAAACCAUCAUGACUUAGAUGAAUUUUUAAAAAAUGGUUGGAAGGGUAAAUAGAUAAUUACGGAAGAACAACCAUGGCUGGUUAGCUAGAAUGGGAAAAUCCAACACCACAGUUCAGUUGCAAGUUCCAGCUUUGAUCACCAUUGGGUUGACGUUCAUGGCCCUUAAUGGUAGACUUCAGUCUUCCAUGUAUAAAUAUAGAUUUGAAACCACUUCUGGGUUAGGAUAGUAGAGCAUGUAGAUCUGUAGCAGACAGCCUUCAGGAUUUCGGAGCGCAAUUGUCAUGAGACACACAUCUACCUGCGGUGGCUGCCCUUGUGACUCUUGUUUAUGGGGUGUGGCUGCUGUCAAGUCAUGUCUCAUGAGUAGCAAAGUCAAGAUGAAGAGAGGCAAAACAGGUAAGAUUGUGUCAUUUAAUGGCCUUCCUGCCCAACGUGGAGAUAACCUUCUGGAGCUCUUUCCUGUCCUGUUUACCCACUCUAAAUAAUUUGGUGGCGUUGCCCAACUGCUAACAGCUCAUCCGUAAGUUCAGAACAUUUAUGACAAAAAGAACUGGUUCCAGUAGAGACAUGGAAAUCCUCUCAUUUACAUUCCUCCAUUAUGAGAACUGCCCAUUUCCACUGUUUUCUUCAACCAGUCCAUAAAAUGUUCUGCCCUCUUAUUCCACAGCUACUAAAUUCGCCCUGGAGCCUUUGGUGAGGGACUUGAUUAAAGCUUUUUUUUUUUAUUCAAGAGAAUAUUGAACCACAUCACCCCACUUAUGUUCUUUCUGACACCCUUAAAGGUUAGUGAGUCCACUUUGGACUUUGCAGCUGUGAGCCAGGCAGACUUCUGUGACAUUAGUUAGUUUUGCCUCCAAUAAACUGAGACAAGCUGGAAUGGAUUUUUCAACUCACACCCAUGACUGGAAGCACCGCAAUUUUUUUUCCUGAAUGUUGACUACCAAGAGAUAAGUUGUUCACUGCUUACUGAUGUUGAUAAACAAUGAUCUAGCCAAAUGUUGUAUUUAGUUUAAGCAUCAAUUUUGGCCUGUCAGCAAAAAUAGA